AUGCCGAGCUGUAGGCAACCCCUGAAGACGUCGCUUGCGCUCACACGCGAGGUGUUUGUGAGAACCCUGGGGUUCAUCUAUCUGGUGGCAUUCUGCAGCAUCUUUGUGCAGGCACCUGGCCUUUUUGGAUCCGAUGGCUUGGAGCCUGUUUCCAUGUAUCUGGAACGGUUGAGGAAUACCAUGCAGAUCAAAGCAAACAAUUGGAGGUUUGCACAGGUGCUGUCUACUAAUGUCAACCAAUGCAGCCAUUGGCAUGGGCCAGUGACAGGACCCUACAGAUUACUUCAUCGUUGCCUUUUCACGGUUUUUGCAGCAGACUACCAUUAUGCAGGAAUCUUAUGCUAUGCAAGUCCCAUUUGCAACCAGGACCUUGAUUCCAGGCAGAAUAUGUUCUAA